AUGGCGGCGGAUUGUAAGGUGACCGUCUGUCGAAACUGUAAGCAGGAAGGCCACUCGACCAAGGAAUAUAAAUGGCAGCAGCAAGUAAUAAUUGAUGCUUUAAUGCAGUUUAAUAUUUUGACAUGCAUCAGAUUUCUGCACCGAACAAAUCAGAAUGAGUACCUUGAGUUCAGUAAUGGAGACGGAUGUUGGUCAUAUAUAGGACCAAUGAAUAGAAAGUCACAAGAAAUAUCACUCUCUACAAGUGGUUGUAUACAAGCUGGUAUAAUACAACAUGAAGUGAUGCAUGCACUUGGUUUUCAACAUGAACAUACCAGGACUGAUCGGGAUAAAUAUAUUGAUAUCAUAAUAAGUAAUAUUGAACCAGGUAGUUAUGGUAAUUUUAAAACAAAACAGUCUAAUAACAUGGGAUUCCCAUAUGAUUAUGGAUCAAUUAUGCAUUAUGGAAAGUAUGUUUUUUCAAAAGGUUAUGGUUUACCUACUAUUCUUCCCAAACCAAAUCGAACGGUACUUAUUGGACAAAUAAGAGGGCUUUCUGAACUAGAUGUUAUAAAGAUAAACAGAUUGUAUAAUUGCAGUAAGUAUAACAAUAUAAAUUUAUUUUUCGUUAAAUAA